AUGCGUCCAUCAGUCAAAGGUCCAACAGUUCAUAUGUUUCGUCCAACAAAAGCUUCAUUAGCACGUCAAACAAAAACUCGAACUUCAAUAUUAAUAUCUUCAACAAAAAUUACAAAUAAAUUAAGAUCAAUUCAAAAUCAUCAAGAAAAUAAAUCUGAAAAUGAUUUACGAACAAUUGGUCUUACCAAACGUAUGGGCACAAUAUCAAAAAAUAAGAUUUUAUUUAAACGACCAAAAUCAUUUAAUAAAUUAGCUGCUAUUGUAUCAAGUUCUUCAUUAGAUAAUUCAAUAGGCGAUAGAGAAACAUUAAAACAAGUUAUUGUUGCAUCAUUAACUGAAAAUGUUAAAAAAAUGGAUUCUAUUGAAACAAAUAAUAAAGAAAAUUGUUCAUCAAAACAUUUGAUAACAUAUAACAAAGAUCCAAUUCCAUUACUUAAUCAUUAUCUUGUCGAACAAAUUAAUAUUGAACAAAUUGAAUUACCGUAUACAAAUGAAAGUUCAAUGUUAACUGACGAUGAUGAACCUAUUGAUCCAUCAUAUGCUAUGGAUUAUAUUGUUGAUAUAAUGAAUUUAUUAUAUACAAUCGAAAAAAAAUUUCCUAUUCAUUCAUCAUUUAUAAGUAAUUCAUCAUCAAAUAUAAUAACAAUAGCUAAUGGAAGUACUUCACGAUCAUCAUGGAAACUUACAGCUAAACAUCGAUUAAUUGUUGUUGGAUGGAUUAUACAAUUAUUCUAUGCAAGAUUUCAUUUAUCACAAGAUGCUAUGCAUCUUUGUAUUGGUUUAUUUGAUCGUUUUCUUCAACAAUGUAUUACAUCUACAAAUGGAAAUACUGGAUUUGUAACACAAAAAAAUUUACAAUUAAUUGCUGUAGCUACAUUUCUUAUUGCAGCCAAAGUUGAAGAAACUCAUCAUCCGCCUGUCGAUGAACUUGUUUAUGUUACUGAUCAUACAUAUACAAGUGAUCAAGUAAAAAGAAUGGAAAAGAUAAUACUUCAUGAAUUACGAUUUGAACUUAAUCGACCUACAAGUCUUCAAUUUCUCCGUCGUUAUUCAUUUAUUUCAAGUGCUAGUGAUGAACAGCAUGCUAUUGGCAAAUUUCUUAUUGAUAUGUCAUUACUUGAUGUAUCUUGUAUUGACUUAUCACCAUCACUUAUUGCUGCUAGUGCAACAUAUAUAGCACGUUAUAUUCUUAAUGAAAAUCAACCAUCAACAUUUGAACAAUGUUGGCCUCAUGAUUUACAAAUUCGUUCACCAUAUAAAACACUUCAAUCAUUAUCAAAUGGUAUUCAAAUGCUAGCACGAUGUAUUAAUAAUUAUUUAUCUGGUAAUAGUUCAAAAGAAUACGAAAUACUUGUUAAACGUUAUGAUAAUGAACAAUUAUUAAAAGUUAGUUCAUAUUGUAUACAACAACGAACACUUAUACAUAAAUUAGCAAAUGAAUCAUUAGAAUAA